GCCGAGGCAGGUGGCAGGGACACGGGUUGCUCACUCGUUCGUUCGCUCCUGGCUUUGCACGCCGCUUUCUCUCCGACAGUCGUUCGUCCUCGUCUACCCAUCUCUACCUCGACUCCAUCCUCGCCUCUGUCCCUCCCCCUCGCGCUCUCGCCCGCACAGCCUCGCCCCUCCUGUGCGCCCUCGGCUUCGGAAUCUGCUCUGCACCGCUGUCCGGCUCGCCGUUCCUCGACCGCCACUGCGUCCUCCCGGUGCACGGCCCUCUCCCCCCCGAUCGUCAUCCUCUCGCCAUGCCACGGGGAUACCGUCGACACGCUGCCCUCGAAUGACCUGGAUCCAAGAUGACGACCAAAGCCCUUCAUUACAUUGAUCAGCUCGAGGCCGCCCGCUGCGAGGGCAGUUGGGACGACGUGCCUGAGCUCGUUCGCAAGGUUCGAAAGCAUGCAGCCGACAGGAAAUGCCUCACCCUGGCCGCCGAGACCGAAUGUGCCAUCUCCAACGCCACGACAGCUGGAGCGCGAACCUCCGCCUCGGCCACGGCGCGCGACCUCGACGUCACUACCAGGGUCCCGGCGCUUCUCGCCGCCAUCGACGAAGAGCGCGUAAACCACGAAGACCGAUUCCAGGCCCAGGUAUGCGUUGGCUGGCUACAUUGGGUCGUGGGCGAAUAUAGUCUGGCUACCGAGCGCCUGCCCACACGCUUGCAAGACGAGGGCACCAAUCUUGAUCCUGCCGCCCUGUCUCAUGAAUGGACACAUGUUUGCGCCCUCAAGUCGGCCUACCUAAGAGCAAACUGCUUGAUGCGCCAUGAGCAGCGGACAGAAGCUCUUGAUGCACUCAAGGCUGUCGCGCCAGCUCUGAACCGCGCUCUGACGGGAAAAGUCAGAAAGCAGUUGCGCUACUGGUCGGAACUGUUCCUGACAGAGUACUGUGUGCUUUCGAGCGGCUCCGCCGCCCGCGAUGAGACGUCUCUGGAGAAUCCCGCCACGCUCGUGCCGUUUCGCUCGUGGGCCAAAUACUGGGAUUCUAUGCAAGCGCCGGGCACCGGUGGCUAUGGAUUCAAAGGUUCAGUACCGCGAAGGCAAAUUUGGAACGAAUACUACAUGGCCCUGUCUCGGAUACUAGAGAGCGACCUCCUGUAUCAGCCUGGCCACCUAGAAGGCCUGCCUAUCUCGGCCGACUCCUCCCCACGAAGUCAACUGCGCGCCGAGCUCAAGUAUGUGGAGUCUACCUAUCGCUCCCUCCUCCUGUCAGAAACGUCGUUUCCACGGGCAGACGAGGAGAGGAUCGAGGUGGAAGCCUUCGUCCGGCGCGUGACCAAGAACUGGACCAUUCUUUGCGGACGGGGCUGGCGUGAGGAAGACCUCGGCCAAGGGGGCAGGUCUGCAGUCAGCCGGGGCAUCCUCGAGAUUCUCUACAGUGCAGCCACCAGGACAUAUCACUCCACUGCCAUCCUCCGCUCCUUGUUCCUCGUCCACAUGUCGCUCGCUGAUUUCGACCUCGCCCUCAAAGCUUUCGAUUCGUACCUGGAUAUUGUCAAGAGGGGCAAGGCUCGCGUGGAAAAGACUGGUGAGAUCGAACCCAGCCUCGAUGAUGACGGCACUGUCUUGGAAACCAUGUCGAUGGCCAUUAUAGCGCUUUGUCGGUACGGACAUCAGAAGGCCGGCGAAAAGGCACGACGCCUCGGUGCGGAGCUCGAGGACUGGUUGUCCAAGCUGCCUCACGGCAAGCACAUGGCAAACGAGAAUGGCACCCCAUCCAUAGCCGAGGAGACAACGAACGGGGAUUUGGAACCCUGGGUUGCACCGCACACUGUGGCCCUGGCUUGGCAGGCCAUUGGUCUAUCACACGCGCAUUGGUCGAGGCUCACUUAUGAGGCGGGCUCGAGGACGGAGAUACAGUCCAAGGCCAUCAGGUGUCUGCGAAAGUCCUUGUCUGCGGAGUAUGGCCGAUCAAAAGACAUUAGAAGCUUCUUCAGCCUGGCCCUGCUCUUGGCGGAGCGCAGGGAGCUGACGGCGGCCAUUGAACUGACAAAGACGGCCUUGAUGUCCAACAAGGGCAGGGAAGAGGGCUACGACCUGCUGUGCGGGUCACACUGGCAAGAGAGGACUCUCAUUCCGCUAUGGCAUCUUCUCGCCCUUCUGCUGAGCGCCAGGCAGGACUAUACUUCUGCCAUCCGGGCCUGCGAAGGUGCGCUGGAGCAGUUCAGGGACCCGUCGGUUCUUUUUGGAAAAGGCGGGCCGGGCUUCCGCAGUGAGCAUCUCAACGAUGCCGGUGCGGAUGGCGUCCCAGCGGAACCGCAACACGGCCUAGUCGAUGAGAUGGACGAUGCCGAGAAGCAGGGUAUCCUGGAGCUCAAGAUGACGGAGCUCGCCAUCACCGAGCUUACGGAUGGGCCGGACGCUGCCGUCAACGCAAGCUACGAGCUGCUGACCCUCUUCUCUCGGCUGUAUGGCAGCGUCACAGUGCAGUCACCCACUCUGACGACACCAGCGCAGCAGCCACCCAAGACAUCAGGCACCUUUAGAAGCAUCAGGGGCAGUAUUUUUGGAUCAAAGAUCGACCGCUCAAGGCCUCCCACGAGACAGCCCAGCGCAUCCACUCUCAGCGACGACAAGUCGAAUGGGGUCGGGCCUAGGCCAGCGACCAAACAAACACAGACAACAGUGAGGCCGAUGGUACAUGUCACCGAGGAGAACGGCGUGCAUGCGGCCGGGCCCAGAUCGCGAAGGGGCAGCUCAAGUCAUAGGCAGAGGAGCCAGUCUGGCCACAGAAACAGCCUCAAGAAGAGGGAAAGAAACGACAGCCGGCCCCGAACAGACGCCACGGGAACCUUGUCGCCGCAAGCAACCAUCGUCGAUGGCGAUGCCUUCUUUACGCCCGGUGCGGAGCUGGAGCAAGGAGAUGUUUCCUUCUCAACAAGGUCGUCUCAGACUCGCAUGUCGUCGUUUUCCAAGUCCAAGACCACCUUGCCAUUGAACUCGUACCUCUCCAAUGCCUCAAAAUCGACGGAUUUUACCGAGAUCUCAGUUGAUGUAACACAGGCAACGCCAAAUCACCUCCCCUUGGUGCAAUUUCCCAACGAAAGAGAGGGGAGUCAGCGUAUCGCAAUGCUCGUCGGCAUCUGGCUCACUAUAGCCGGAUUCUACCGUCGAGCUGCCUUGCUGGAGGACUGCAAGGGCGCAAUCGCUGAAGCACAGAAGCUGGUCCAUGGUCUCGAGAUGGAGAUAUCUCAAGACCAGUCGAUAGCCAGCGGACCAAAGACGGCAUCAUGGGGCGAAAAGAAGAGCGUUGACGACCUGUGGGGCGAUGUGUGGUCCGAGCUUGGACUCUUGUCUUUGGCCCAAAAUGAACCGUACACGGCGAGAUCAGAUUUUGAGUAUGCCCUGACGCAUUGCCCGGAUCAUCCUGCUGCUAUUGUGGGGCUGUCCAAUAUCCUCCUGGACACGUACAGCGAGAAGAUUCGGCCGACACCAGCCGUGCCACUCCUGGAGAAUCCUGAGCCAUCGCUCGACUCCUUGGCGCAUUUGGCGCUGUCGGAGGCUUCAACAGAUGGGGCAGUGAAGUCGCUUCCUUCGGUUCCCCUCGGGCUCGGCUCCACGACGACGCAGCCACAAGUCAAAUUCGCCGACGCCACGUCGUCUCCAGUGGGUGACGACCAUCUCCCGGCCCCUUACAAGGCCACUCGGCUGCCGCUCAUUGAUCGGCUUGCGGCUCGAGACCGGGCCUUUGCCCUUUUGUCCGGCCUCACGCGUCUUGGCACCGGCUGGGACUAUUCCGAGGCUUGGUUCGCCCUGGCCCGAGCACACGAGGAGAGCGGCCAGCCUGACAAGGCGAAGGAAGUGUUGUGGUGGUGUGUCGAGCUGGAGGAGGCCAUGGGGGUGCGCGACUGGCGCUGUCUCGGGGGAGGGAGCUACAUCAUCUGAGCGAGCGCCUGGAUAUUUGGCGCCGGACUGUACAAACUGGGGACCAAAGGCGCAGCGCCGCAUGUGGUUGCCAGACUUGCUCUAUGUAAUCAUAAUAGCCGGUUGGCGAGCGACACUUGAGUGCGUAAUGAUGCUUCAAUCCAGUUGACCGCG